GUCCGAGCAGUGAUUCAUGCCUUUUUCCCCGAUAAUUUCGGCACGUCACUGAGUCCUUCCGACAAAGUUGGGAAACAGCGGAGCGUCCGUGGAAGCGAGCGGACACACGAGAGCCGCGUCUGGAAGAUCAAGUAUGCUGAAGACACAAUGGAUCCCCUAGUUCAUCUGAGCCCGCUGAGAGUCCGAAUCUCUGCUCUCCCGCACCCCACGCGCCCACCUCGUCCCUGGGCACCUGACCCUGCGCCUUUCGCCUUCUCCUGGAGGAGUGAGUAGAGUUUUCACACCGACACACGGGAGAAAGUUACCCUUCCUGUGUAAGUAUGACUGCAUGGAGGUCUCAGUGGCGUCUGGUCCUGCUCAACUCGCUGACGUGUGGCCUAGAGAUCUGCGUGGCGGCUGGGAUCACCUAUGUGCCCCCUCUGUUGCUGGAGGCCGGAGUGGAGGAACAGUACAUGACGAUGGUUUUAGGUAUUGGACCUGUCCUGGGACUUGUCUUCAUCCCCCUAAUUGGCUCAGCCAGCGAUCACUGCAACAGUAGCUACGGCCGACGGCGACCCUUCAUAUGGCUGCUGUCGUUGGGAGUUCUCCUUGCCCUUUUUAUCAUACCACAUGCUGACGUGUUGGCCGCCAACCUGAGCUGGGGCAGCACCCGCCGCAACCAGGCUCUCCAGGUGGGCCUGCUCAUCCUAGGCGUGGGCCUAUUGGACUUCUGCGGACAGGUGUGCUUUACGCCACUGGAGGCGUUACUCUCGGACCUCUACCGUGAACGUGAUGACUGUGGACAGGCUUUCGCUAUGUUCUCCUUCAUGGUAAGCCUUGGAGGUUGCGUAGGCUAUUUGCUACCCGCCCUUGACUGGAGCGGAGGGCUCCUUUCCUUCUACCUGGGUGGUCAGGCUGAGUGCUUGUUCUCCCUCCUCAUCCUCAUCUUCAUGGUCAGCAUGUUAGUGACCAUGAAAGUGUCUGAGGAGCCCUCGUCCACCCUGGAACCGGGGCCGUCGGAGCCCGGACAGUGUUUUCCACGCUCGUGCUGCUAUCUGUUUCAGUGUAAGCUGCGGGCUCUGAAGUCCGGCCCGCUCAUGUGCCUGCUGAGGACUUGCUGGUCCAUGACACCGGCCAUUUAUCGCAGCUACUGCCACGUGCCGCAUGUCAUGCGACAACUGUGUUUGGCGCAGCUCUGCAGCUGGAUGGGUGUCAUGUCCUUCAUGCUGUUCUACACAGAUUUUGUCGGCGAGGGAUUGUACGAAGGAGUUCCCAGCGCCGCUCCGGGUACCGUUCUCAGGCAGCGCUAUGAUGAAGGUAUCCGUAUGGGCAGCCUGGGCCUGUUCCUGCAGUGUGCUACCUCAACCUUCUUCUCGCUGGUCAUGAGCAGACUAGUGUGUCUCUUUGGGUCCAGGACGGUCUAUCUGAGCAGCAUGGUGUGCUUCACCAUCUCCGCUCUGGUCAUCUGCUUGUCUAAGAGCGUUCUGUUGGUCACAGCUAUGUCUGCCCUAACUGGCUUUGCCUAUGCCACACUGCAGACACUGCCUUACACGCUUACCUGCCACUACCACAAAGAAAAAGAGGUGUACAUGCAAAACAGCAAAACCAAAAAAACGCACUCAAAUGGAUGCACCAUCACAAGGGAUUCUGUUUGUCUGAUACUAGACAACGGCCCUGGAGAUCUCAACCACAAGAGUGGCAUUUCCAAUGGGCAUGUUCCUUACAGUAGAGAUGAACCAGACAAUUACCCAUCUCUCCAUCAGAACGGUGCCCCCCUUGGUCUGGAGUCAGAGGAUUUUGAGAAACGUGGGGUGGGACUAGACUUUGCCAUUCUGGACAGCACCUUCCUUCUCUCUCAGGUCUUCCCUACCCUCUUCAUGGGCAUGAUCGUCCAGUUCACAGAGUCCGUCACCGCGUACAUCGCCUCCUCUGCCAUCUUUGGUGCCAUUGGCAUCUAUUUCGCCACCCACAUCAUCUUUGACCAAAGGGCCCCCGGAAGCUGAAAGAAGCAGUAAUCAUGUCAUGUUUGCUUUGAGGAUGAAUUGUGCUUUCUCAGAUCUCUAUGGGACCAAUGGACACAUCAAACUGGACUUGAUGUAAUUCCUGUUGUGUUUUAAAGACUUUUUGUAAAGAACUAUUUUAUUGUGUAUAUAUAUUUUUAUAUUGAUAAUAUAUACAUAUAUGUAUAUCCCUAUGGGAAUUUUUAUGCAACCCGUUUUGGCGAGGUCUGUAUUUAUGUAGUACUUUAAAGGGGUCAUAUGAUGUUGCUAAAAAGAACAUUAUUUUGUGUAUUUGGUGUAAUGA